AUGGGAGCAACAAUCUCCAGCCACACUCAUGGGACAUCUGUCAGUGAAUAUGGCAAAGGAAAAUUGGAGUUCACACCUCAGAAUGAAGCAUUACUCAAUGAAAUAGUAAAACAUGUGGAGGGGCUAGUCAGUUCACACCCAAGGGAGGCAGAGACGAUUCUCAAGGAACCCUUCAAGUGGCACAGCACUCUUAAUCCUGACAGUUUUGGGGAACUCAACUUUGGUUCAAUGGGAUUUCAGAUAACGUAAUUAUGCUUUAAACUUGAUAAUAAAGUAACUCUGUGGCUGUUAAAGAUGGACAAUGUUGGGACUAGUGCUAAAUUUUUCUGUCUUUAGUUUAAUGGAGUCAGUCUGCCUUAACUAUAUUGAUUUACCUUGUACCACCUUGUCACAUGCUAUGUGCUUGUGGUACAUAUUGUAUGAGAAACCAAUCGUACAACUUGCCAUGCUUGCAAAUCAAAUUUAUCACUGAAAUGCGCAAGUCAGUGGUAAGUUUGAUUUGCGAGCAUGAUUAAUGUCAUAGACUCACUGUAAGCACUCCCAUGAUGAGACAGUGUUGCACCAUGUAAAUCAGCUUUUAUGUACAGUAUGACCAGAUAACUGUAGGGACUGUCUCUAGCUUUCCUGUGUCCAUGAAAAAUGUCUACCCUGUAGAAGUGUCCAUUAGGAGACAGUUGACUGUUUGCUCUUGUUGAACCACUUGAAUAGCCAUAAUUUAAAAUUUAUUUAGUUUAUAUGUCAAGGACAAACUGAGGGAAAUAUUAUAUUGUUAGCUCACGGGUUAGGCAAGUAAGGGAAGUUGCCAACAUGUAGUAGCUCACGUAGACACUCAUUUAGACACUCCAUGUAAAUGUAUCUAUGGUAACAAACCCACAGUAUACAUGUACGUAGAAAAUAAUAUAUCCAAAAACUCAUGUGUUUCUUUUUUGACACAUUUAAAGUCACAGUGAUGUGAAAUCUGAGGCAAAAACACCAGGUGGAGAGCAUUUAUUGUCUAUGGACAAGGUAAAUGAAGUCAUAAUAAUAUUAUUUUGUCAUGAUCCCUUAUUAAUGGUGUUUUUUUUUUUAUAAAAGAUAAAAGAGAGGGGACGUAGGAUCCAAACCUUCCACAUCCUUUACCUUGCAUUCCCUGGUCUGCCCCCUUUAUCUCAGCUUCUUCUCUUUAGCCCUUUUCCAACUACAAAAUGUUAAGGGUUAUUACCUAUAAAUAUCCACCUUUUUCCCACUCCCCACCCUUUUAGAACUCCCACAUCCUGCCCUUUCCUCUCUUUAAUACCUCCCACACCUCUCCCCCAGUUCUCUUGGGCUUCUCACCAACCUCCCCUACAUGAUGUUAUAACACCAUACAGUGACAGAUCCAGACCUUCAGAUAAGGGAGGGACGGGUCAUCCAAACCCUGAGAUAAGGUGGGGGGGUGGGGGGCUGGCCUCAAAAUUUUUUUUUUUUUCGGCCCUUCAGGCGUCAUUUUGAUCUAACAAUGGGGGGGGGGUCCCCCCGUAGGUGGGUGGGUCGUGCGGCGCCUCUUCCCCAUCUUUUUUUUUUUUCCCCGUCCAGCCGGCGUCUGUUUCAACUCCGGGGGGGGGGGGGGGGCGGUGGGCCCUCCGGGCCCCUCCCUUGGAUAGGCCACUGCCAUAUCCUUACAGUUCAACAGCUCAGUUGUAGUGCUAGUUAACUCUCGUACUGCAUCUCCAGAUUGAAGUGAGCAUAAUUUCCUUGCUCUUUUUAGAGCUCACUUGACAGUCAGUACAUAGAGUACAGUCAAACACUGUUAUUACAGAUACUGAGGGGGCCAUUGAAAUUGUCCAUAUUAACAGGUUGUCCAUAUUAACCCUUUAAGUCCCAAUAUUGACCAACAUUAAUUUUCUCCUAACAAUAUCCAUAUAUUGUCAAGAGAUUAGGUUAUAAGAAUUAAUAAAAUGAUCACCUAAGAGAAAAUGCUUUGAUCUUUUAUCAAAUUCUCUCAACUCAUUCUUUAAGGAAAUACAUAGAGAUCAGUUUGGAGAAUUUGUAUGUGGAUAAAGUGAGAGCUUGCUUUCCCCUGGGAAAAAGCAAACUGUCAGUAAUAAUGAUGUGUCCGUAUUAAGUGGGCACGUCUGUAAGAAGGGUUUGGCUGUAAGAAUAUUUCAAAAUACAAGAAAGACUUUAACAAUAAUAUUAGCUAAAAAAAAAAGUCAUAGUAAAUUUAUACAUACUGUAUAAAAGUCUGAGGAUUGAUGAUAUAUAUAUAUAGUUGUGUACAAAUUUCUAUAUUUUGAUCUUUAGGAUGGUGAGCAAUAUGUCCUAAAAGUCUGGACAUUUGAGCAAAUUGGAAAUGUGCUCAAAGUUGCUGGAGAGAGAAAAUGCCGUGAAGCUCAAGCUUGCUUAGAAGGUAAUAUUCUUAUUUUACAAGAUCAUGGACAGGCCAUUUAAGGCAAAAUACGGUAGUGUCUCAAGUACUUUUGCAACUCUGGUUGUAGCUGUGGGUGACGUUGGUUGACGUUGUGCUCAUAAAUUUAUUUCUUAGUUAUUUGCCUUUUACAGAAAACCAAGACCCCAUGGUUAAUGUUAUGGGUGCAGCAUAUGCGUCUGUCAAUAGCAGUGACAGGCCCUUGUUAAAGGCACAUGCUGAUCUUAGUAAAGCGCGAGAAGACUCAUCAGAGAAUGUUGAUGAACAGGAGGCAAGGUUUACGCUCUCUCUUCUCAUUAGCGAAAUGGAUAAACAGCUGCUAAUGACAUCACACAAUACUAUUGCCAAGUAAGUUCCCAAGUGUACUGCUCAUUAAUAGAGCAAAUGACUGAUUUAUGUUCUUAUAAAUGACAAACAUUCAAAUCAUUGGCAAACUUAUAUGCUACUAUAUGACAGAGCAGUUUAACCCUUUAAGCCCUAAGAGUGAUCAGCAUCAAAUUUCUCCUUGUAAUAUCAAUGCUUUGUAAAACAGAGUGGUCAUGAGAAUUAUGGACAUGAUCACACAAGAUGAAUUUGCUUGAUAUUUUAUCAACUUCUCCCCNAAAAAAAAAAGUCAUAGUAAAUUUAUACAUACUGUAUAAAAGUCUGAGGAUUGAUGAUAUAUAUAUAUAGUUGUGUACAAAUUUCUAUAUUUUGAUCUUUAGGAUGGUGAGCAAUAUGUCCUAAAAGUCUGGACAUUUGAGCAAAUUGGAAAUGUGCUCAAAGUUGCUGGAGAGAGAAAAUGCCGUGAAGCUCAAGCUUGCUUAGAAGGUAAUAUUCUUAUUUUACAAGAUCAUGGACAGGCCAUUUAAGGCAAAAUACGGUAGUGUCUCAAGUACUUUUGCAACUCUGGUUGUAGCUGUGGGUGACGUUGGUUGACGUUGUGCUCAUAAAUUUAUUUCUUAGUUAUUUGCCUUUUACAGAAAACCAAGACCCCAUGGUUAAUGUUAUGGGUGCAGCAUAUGCGUCUGUCAAUAGCAGUGACAGGCCCUUGUUAAAGGCACAUGCUGAUCUUAGUAAAGCGCGAGAAGACUCAUCAGAGAAUGUUGAUGAACAGGAGGCAAGGUUUACGCUCUCUCUUCUCAUUAGCGAAAUGGAUAAACAGCUGCUAAUGACAUCACACAAUACUAUUGCCAAGUAAGUUCCCAAGUGUACUGCUCAUUAAUAGAGCAAAUGACUGAUUUAUGUUCUUAUAAAUGACAAACAUUCAAAUCAUUGGCAAACUUAUAUGCUACUAUAUGACAGAGCAGUUUAACCCUUUAAGCCCUAAGAGUGAUCAGCAUCAAAUUUCUCCUUGUAAUAUCAAUGCUUUGUAAAACAGAGUGGUCAUGAGAAUUAUGGACAUGAUCACACAAGAUGAAUUUGCUUGAUAUUUUAUCAACUUCUCCCCACUACUAUGGUAGGAAACAAAUAGGGGUAACAAAUGAGAAUUCAAAGUUUGAUCUUAGAGUUUCAAAGAUUAAUACUAGAAAUGAAAGGAGGAUUUAGCAAAAUAUAAGGAUGUAGAGACCUAUUUAGAUAUCUCUAAGCUGCUUGCACCUUAAUUCCUGUGAUCCAAAAAGAAGUGUCUUUUUUAAGUUUGUACUCAAUUCAGUAUGACUAAUUUCUGAAAAAAAUUAUUUGUUGCAGGGAAGUCAGGUUGAACCCAAGUACUGUGCAGGUAAUAAAUUCAAUUUAAACUCUAGCCUGCGAGCAAGCUCUCUGGGGCACUCUGGGGCGGGAAAAGGAAGGAGGGCUUGCAACUACGUGUUUGGAAUUUGAAUAUCUGCAUCGAAAAAGUCAAUGCGAAAUGCUGAUUGGCAGAGAUGACACUGGUAAUUAAUAGCAUCAUUACUUUUGACACAUGUUUUUCAAUUUUUGUUUACAUUCUCGCUCGUUUCUGCUUUGGGCUGAUUGGUGGAAAUCUGACAACGGGGACCCAGGCCUGGCUGGGAUUGGAGGUGGAAUUUAAAUGCCAGAGACGUAGUUGCAAGUUCUCCUUCCUUUUCCAACGCUGUCACCAGAGAGCCUGGGAGAGCUUGUGAGCUUGCUUGCUUGUAUCAAGAACAAAUAUUAACACAUCAUUUCUCCAUGUUACGUUUAUGGGACAGAUGUCCAUAUAAAAAGGCACACUCUGCUGCCCAUUGGUUAAUGCAGGAUCUCACCUCCUCCUACUAAUUCAAAGGGAUCACACUGAAAUGAAUCAGAAUAACCAUGACACCAAGGGUCUACAUUCUGUACUGUUUAAAAUCCUUGUUGAUUGUCUGACCAGAGUUUGAACUCGCAAGAAAAACUAAGCCAGCUAGCAAUGGUUUGCUCAGUUGGGAACAAGGCCAGCUGAGACCUUGUUAUUUUAAAAAACAUCCUGAAUACUGAACCAGGAAGUGAAAUGCCAGUAUGAGACCAUUCAGGACACUGAAUCGUGUCUGUUUUGUUACCUACAGGCUGAGUAUGAACUCUUGAAAACAUUUGCUGGUGAAGAAGGGAAAUGUCUGGAAUACAUUGAGUGGACACUUGGUUAGUAUGUGGUUCUCAUCAAGUAAUGUAUUUGUUGAAGUUUCACAAGCCCCGUUGAUAGUUUUUUUAUGGUUUAAUAUGUGAUAUCAUGCUACACCAUGUUGUUGUCACCUGUUUGACAAACAAAAAGGAAAAGAAAUUAAAAGAAAUUAAUUGACUUUUGGUUGUUAAUUCUUUUACGAUUUGAAACUAACAAGGAGAUUGAGAUAAUUUUGCAAGACAGUGAUGUACACGCACCCAUAAAAAGAAAAAAUGGUUAAGUGAUAUGGCAAGUGUUUGUAAAGAUUAAAAAUUUAUUAAUCAAAUAGACGAGAUAGCAUUGGAAAGUUAUGUACAAUGUGAAAGGCUGAUAAACAAGGCCAUUCCUAGAUCACCAGUUCAGUAAUGGAUGCCACGCCCCGCCCUGGCAGCAGGUCCAUGGUGAUAUCAGCUACUUGGAUGUGAAGCCAUUCGACAGCGACAAGUUGACUAUCACUGCAAACACAGCGGGAUACUUUCUGAACAAGGGAUUGAACCAAGAGGGACAGGUUAACCAUGAGAGAGAGGGAGACAUCUACCCUACUCUUGUCGCACUUCUUAAGGCCAAGAGUCCACAGUUUGCUGCUGCUAUUGAAAAGAAGGUAAAUCGGGUUUACAAUAUUAAUUUGUAUUUUGUGUGUGUCUCUGUUUUGUGAAAGAAACUUAGCUGAUGGUGUUACCUACCUCCUGGUAGGAGUUUGCAUAUUAUGGUUCAACAGAAGUUAAACAGGACAAAACUGAGAAGAUUGACGAGACUUUGAAGGAAGAGGAGGAUAAUGGAUCAGCUGGAGAAGAAGCAGCUGAUGGAAUAGAGGCUAAAAAUCAUCAAAAGUGAGCUUAAAAUUUACCUUCAUUAUUCCAAUUUGCCAUACAAGAGCCUUUCAUAGCACUGUGCAGGACACAGGUCACAUAUGAACCUUGUAUUAUACAUUUGUAUACCUUGUUCCAAAAUGGUGGUAAAAUUAACUUUUUUUGUGUUAAUGUUGAUUAGCACUCUUUGCCUCAAUCGUAAGAUGUGCAGAAUUCAAACAAAUUUGAACCUUAAAAUGAAGCAUUAAGGACAAGCUAUUGAGAAGGCAAAAGAAUAUGACUUAAUUUCUACCAUUUUGGAAUUAGGUGUAUGGUCUAGCAUGCCAAAUACUCCCAAUUAGUCAUGAGUAACUAGAUUACUUAAGCCGUAUCUAGCAUGUCAUGGGUGCAACUCCCUUUAAACCUUAUCAUGACAAUUUUUCUCUAAAGUGAGCAGCUUUACUUCACGAAAUUGCUAACAAUAGAUGGGGUUAAUACAGGCUCAACCUUUGCUUCUAGGAUUGUCUCCUAUUCCAGGGGAUGAGUAGCAGAGAAUACUGGGAACAAGGUUGAUACAGGCCAGCUAUGAAAAUGCUCACUAGCCUAACUUUUGAAAUCUGCUUAUGAUUAUUAUUUUUUGUCUUUUCUUCAGCGCGGCUCCUAAGACUAAAACAACCAAAACGACGCAAAAGAAGAAAGGAACCAAGGGAACAAAGACAUAUGAAUCAUCACCUCGCUGGAAAAAUAUCAAAAUUGAAUUUGGUGCAGAUCUAAUUGGUGACCAAGAGUAAGUAGUCUAAAUCCGGGAUUUUUUAGCCAAUCAGAAGUAAAAUACUAGCAGGGAGGUAGGGAAGCUUAAAACGUAACAAUAGUAGUCAGUGACCAUUGGGAACACUGACUUCAGAUCAAGAUUACCCUUUAAAAAUGUCCUGUUUGUUUUGUUUAGUUAUGUAUUGAUGUGCUUUGUUAGUGUUAAUAAUGAUAAGCAGACUUUUUUUCAGACCAAGAAAACACAUUUGAAAUAAUGCAGUUUUGUGCACUACUUACAGCAUCUCUAGAGAAUAAAUAGUUUAAAGCUUUUAUUCUUCACCUGCACCUAUCACUCAUUCGUAAAGCCACUGUGCAGAAAACUUACAGUGGUUCUAGGGAAGGUAGGAGCUAUUAUUUUCAUUUCACAAUAUUAGUAUUGGUUGGUAACUGUAAUUCUCUAUAUGUACAGGAAAAAAGACAAAGACAAGCAGAAGGGCAAAAGCACCCCUGACAAGAAGCCACCAUCUAGACACGCAAAGAGCAGGUAAGAACCUUUGUACAGACAUUCUUAAAUAUCUAUUUACUCUUUUACUCCACAGAGUCAAUUGUCAUUGAUUUUUAUCCUUGGUUUAAUUAAUUAAUUUUUUGUCUCAAACUCAUUAUCAUUAACUAGCAUAUCAAAAACAAAGAAAAGUAAGUUAAGACAAAAAUAGAUUUGAACCACAACAGAGACAAGAAAUGUAGUUCUUACUUUUGAUGACAUCCAAUUACAUGUCCAUUUGAAUGAAAUGUCUUUGGCAAUGGCAUCUUUGAAAUGGGAUUUGCGAUGUUUGUUGCAUUUUGUAUUUUUGGCAUAUUUUGUAACAACGUAGUGAUGGUUGUAAACACUUUUGCUUGGACAACUUUUCAACAUGUGGCAUGCAUCAAAUGGAAUGGUGGAUUUUAACAACGGACGAAAAACAGGGAGGGGGUGGACAGUGAGGGAAAUAUUCCUCUCCCUUUUCUUCCCCUCCCCUCCCCUCCCCUUUUUGCACCUGCCACACGGGCUGAUUUGAAUAAGGUUUAGUUUGCAGCUGUUAGAGUCAUUAACCCUUUAAGCCCCAAGAUCCACAUACAAAUUCUCCAGACUGAUCUCCAUACAUUUCUUUUAAGAAUAGUUGAGAGAAUUUGGUUUAAGAUCAAAGCAUUCUCCUUUUGGUUAUCAAUUUAGUAAUUCUCAUAACCUUUACUCUUAAUGAUCUGCUGAUGUUGUUAGGAGAAAAUUGAUGUUGGUCACUCGUGGGACCUAAAGGGUUAAUUUUGUUACUGAUUUGUUUCUUCAGAGAGGCAGGAAAGGCUGGUAGAGUGUCAGUACGUUCUCAGACGAAAGGUGAUAUGGAGGAAGACUUCUCUGAAAGUUCUUCAGAAAGUGAGGAAGAGGAAGAGAACCAAGACAGACGACAGGAGUCUAAUGCUGAUCUACCAUCUGAAUACUGGCAAAUUCAAAAGCUCGUCAAGUACUUAAAGGUAAAUAGCUGCUCAAAGAAAUUAAUGUCCAGUAGCCAUCUCCAGUUAGAUGAAUUAUUAAAUUUUUUAAACAGUGAAAGUGUAUGUUAGUUAUGGCCCAUAUCGAGGGAAUAGUGAUCAAAUUCUAUCAACUUGAGAAGUCUUGCACACUCACACAGGGUUGCCAAAGUAUGUGCAGUGGUUUGAUAGUGUACAGGACACUUGAUUCCAUCCACUAUCUACUGUCAAUUACUUGUAGCCUGCAGUCAACUGCAUCAUGCAAGUGAAUACAGAGUCUAGCCAUAAUGACCUACUUCAUUGCUUAAGCAUAACAUUGUUGAUCAUAACAUUUUGGGGAAAUGGAAGGUCUGAAAACCUACUAUAAUCUACACAACCCUAACCCUUUACACAGCCCCAAUUAACCCUUUAAGCCCUAAGAGUGAUCAGCAUCAAAUUUCUCCUUGUGAUAUCAAUACUUUGUGAAACAAAGUGGUCAUGAGAAUUACAUACAUGAUCACACAAGAUGAAUUUGCUUGACAUCUUAUCAACUUCUCCCCACUACUUCUGUAGGAAAUGAAUAGGGGCAACAAAUGAGAAUUCAAAUUUUGAUGCUUUUCUAUAUUUAGAGUGGCAAUCAGACUGCUACCAUUAUAGCUUUGUGCGCCAUGAGGGAUUUCAAUCUUCAACAAGAGACAUGCCAGCUGGCUAUCAGAGAUGUUGGAGGACUUGAAGUGUUGAUAAACUUGCUGGAAACAGAGGAAAUAAAGUGCAAGGUGAUCCUUACAAAAUACUUUUUUCCACUGCUUGAUGUAUCCGCUUGAAAUGAUUAGUCGUGGCAGUUUCUUUUUUUCAUGCAUUUUUACUCUUUCAUCCCAAACUGCUCUAUCAACAAUUCGCAAUUUUCACUUGUAGUUGGAGCAGAUGUAAGUGGACACUGAUCUUUACUUUCCUCUUCGUCUUUCAGAUUGGGGCUUUAAAGAUUUUGAAGGAAAUUUCUAGAAACUGCAUCAUAAGAAAGGCAAUUGCUGACUUAGGAGGUGAGGAGGGGCCGAGGGCAUCUUGAUUAUUUGCCUCGUCAUGGAGGCAAAUUCUUCUGACCCUUCUUUAUCAGGGAGGUGUAUUCUAUGACAGCCCCAGUAAGGCUGUGCAAGAAACUACAGACGAGAUUGCUGUAGCCUACGAGCAAGCUCUCUGAGGCGCUCUGGUGGAGCUGGGUGGAGGGGGAGGAAAAAGAAGGAGAGCUUGCAACUACGUCUCUGGAAUUUGAAUUGCUCUUCUGCUUCCCCUGUGGCUCCCCCUUGACUGAGCUGUCAGAUUUCUGCCAAUCAGCAUUUCGCAGCGACUUUUUCGAUGGAGAUAUUCAAAUUCGAGAGACGUAUUUGCAAGCUCUCAGCUCCUUCCUUUUCCUUCCCCGCCAUUAGGUGUUGCACAUUCUUCCCAUAAUACCUUGCGCCAGGAUAGUCCAGUCAUUCGCAGGCCCUCGCGUGAUCUGUCGAAGUACUUCUGGCGAAAGCUGACAUGGUAAUGUAACUUUAUCUUCUUCAGGUUUACAAACCAUGGUCAAGCUUCUCCAGGGAUACAAUGACGAGCUGAAGUGUCUUGCUGCAGAGACUAUUGCGAAUGUCGCUAAAUUGAGGAGAGCAAGGCGAACUGUCCGGCAGUUUGGAGGCAUACGAAAACUGGUGAGUGUGAGAAAGGAGAAUUUGUGAACUAGAAUGAAACAAGCAAUUCAAAUUUCCUAUGGCUCGUAGCUCUUUAAGGUGCUUUUAUUAUAGGCUGCCUGUGAAAUUGCGACAUGAUAGUUUUGGUCCUAGUAUUGCUUUUGGUAAUAUCCAGUGGCGGAUCUAGGGCAGGGGCCUGGGGAGCCCGCCUCCCCCCUCCCCCCUCAUUUUUGGACGAAAGCCGAGGCCUCUUUGGUGAGUUACUUUGUGUUGGAGCUAAUAGCUAUAGAUACCUUUAUCGCUAUCUCAGAUGAUUGCAUCCAGCAUUUAGUCAGAUUAAAGCGCGAGAAAACACAGCAAGCAUACGGUUUUACACCUUUUGGUCGAGAGAGUUUUUUCAACCAGUAAAAAUGUUUUGCUUUAUUUUUUGUUAGGUGGCACUCCUGGAUUGCGGAUCUCUUGCAAGUGCAUCUGCCAUGCAAGCAGAUGUGGCACGCUGUGGAGCACUGGCUUUAUGGAGCUGCAGUAAAAGUACUAAAAACAAGCAAGCCAUCAGGAAAGCAGAUGGUAUUCCUCUGUUGGCCAAACUGCUUAAGUCUAACAAUGAAGCAAUGCUUAUUCCAGUCGUAGGAACGCUGCAAGAAUGCGCUUCUGAGGUUGGUAUGACCCCCGCUUUCAUACUGUUUCGUAUUGAAAUAGUGGCACGCUCAAAAAAGAACACCUGAUAGCAGGUUAAACCUCCAUGUACAACCACCUUCGGGGUGGAUUUCGGCUGUCGCGUAAAUUUUAUGUGCGCACGCAAAUAAACUUUAAAGCGCGUAAAUAAAAUAGCUGCAAUGUAUAUGUUGUAGUUCAAUUUUUUUUCUUGUUGAAAUUUUUUUGGAACCAGUUCAAAAUUUUUAGGUUGCGCUUUCGGUAGGUUCAAUUGUAUGUUCCUUGUUGAAAAAAUCUUAGUCAAAUGUAUGGAAUUCUUAAAGCCAGGUAAACGCAUGCUAACUUUCCAAUUGUUGAUCAGUGUUGUGAAUACGUAAUGCGCAAACUAUUUGGAACUUUUAAAAAAUCUCUAGCGGAGUGCUGUUGGUAGUCGUGCUUUUAAAAAUUUUAAUGUAUUAUUUCUUUUUCAGGCAAGUUACAGACUUGCUAUUCGCACUGAAGGCAUGAUCGAGGACCUCGUAAGGAACCUUAACAGCGAAAAUCAAGAACUUCAAAUGCACUGUGCUAGUGCAAUAUUCAAGGUAAAACUACUUCUGAAUGAAGAAUGAAGAAUGCAUUGGAGGGCUUUGUCCACCAUACCACUGAUUUUGUCGACUGGCUCACAUUUCCGUUAUCUUCUUAACCUUUGGUCAAAAUGUGCCGUUUUCACGAAGUUUUUAACGUACCAUUUGGUGCACUUGUUUUCAGUGUGCUGAGGACAAUGAAACCCGCGAUCUUGUUCGGAAAUACGGUGGCCUGGAUCCUUUGGUAUCUCUUUCGUUCAAUGUUGAAAAUAAGGAGUUACUUGCUGCAGCCACAGGCGCUAUUUGGAAGUGUUCCAUCAGCCGCGAAAAUGUAACUAGGUAAGAUAAUGCAACCAUGUCUCUUUUAAUCUGAAAGUGGAAACCGUCUUGAACAGCGUGGCUGAACACCAGCAAAGGAAAGCACUACUCAGCAGCUUUCAUUUGAAUGGUAAAAUCAAAGGAUUUCAUCCACAAACUCAAAAGUUUGAACCAUCUUGUAUAACAUAAUAAACAGUACCACAGGAAAGUACUGCUCAGUGGCUUUCAUUUGAAUGGUAACACCAUAGGAUUUCAUCCACAGACUCAAACGUUUGAUCUUAAUACUCAUACGUAUUCAUUGAUGUUUGCAGAUUUCAAGAAUUGAAGGCCAUCGAGCAACUGGUGUCUUUAUUGAAUGAGCAACCGGAAGAGGUAAGUAAUAUAACACCAUUCUACUUACUGAGUACUGGUUCUCUUUCUUAGUGCGAUAAGGAUGACAGCGGUGGCAAUAGCGAUAAAUGACAGUAGGCCAUUUCCGAGUUCCCCCGGGCCUCUGUAUCAAAAUGAGGCUAGGUGCACAACCUUUCUUGUGAAAAUGAGUUUUAUUUGCAUGAGAAUGAAAAAUGAUUUCCAUAUCAAAGGCUGAGCACUUAACCUCGUUUUGAUACAGAGGCCCGGGGCAACUCGGAAAUGGCGUAUUAUUAUAACGACAGUGAAAUGAUGUGUUUCGUGAGAUGUUUAGUGAUGAUGACGUUGGUAAUCACGAAAAAGAAAACUAUGACAUUGAUGUUGGUGACACAACUGUGGUGAAGAUGAUAAUGAUGAUGACAAGGCUGGUUUGGGCAAUGAUGAUGAUGAUGAUGAUGGUGGUGGUGACGACGACAAUGACGACGACGGCGACGACGGCGAAGGCGACGGCGGUGAUGAGGAUGGUGAUCACAAUGACGAUGACGAUGACAACGAGGAUGAUGAUGAUGAUGAUGAUGAUGAUGAUGAUGAUGAUGAUGAUGAUAGUGAUGGUGCUGGUGGUGGUGAUGGUUGUGAUUACAAUCAACUCUCGCCUUGCAGACACCCCGCUAUAACAGACACCCCGAUAAUACGAACAGCAGCUAAAUCUCCGGCAAAAAUAAAUCACAGACGAUUGAAAGAAAUAAACUCUCGCUAUUACGGACUCUCGCUAAUGAGGAUACUAACUCGAGGUCCUUACAGUGUCCACUGUAAAGGGAUGUGACUGUGUUUGUUGAUAUUAAUAUUCAUGAUGAUGACUUUUAUGAAGAUGCUAAUGAUUAAGUUGGUGAAUAAUGAAUGUGAUGCUCUGGCCUCUUACCUACACUUAAACAUACAUUCUCUUUCUUAGUGCGUUGUGGAUACUUCUUCCCUCUUGUUGAAGGCAUAAAUUUUAUCUUCCAUGCACAGGUCUUGAUUAACGUGGUGGGUGCCUUGGGGGAGUGCGCACAAAUCCCGGCUAACAGAACUACCAUCCGCAAGGCUGGCGGCAUACCUUCACUAGUAAACCUGCUGACCAGUACGAACCAAGCUCUCUUAGUAAACGUCACCAAUGCAGUAGGGGCCUGUGCGACUGAGCCUGACAACAUGGCGUGAGUUCUUGCUUUCCUUUUCUCUUUUUCUUUGUUGCUGUUUUUUUAAAAAUUAAAUUCCUUGUUUUUUUCUUUUGCAGUAUCAUUGAUCGUCUUGAUGGAGUACGUCUGUUAUGGUCUCUUCUGAAGUCGAAUAACCCCAACGUGAGUUUAAUUUUUUGUCUCAACACUUUCAUCCACUGUCAAAUUUUACUGACAAGGUUGAUAUUCAGGAGCCAGUUGCAUAGACUUUAACACCAGACGUACCUGCCAAUCGACUCUUUAUUUAACGCCAGCUAGGUUUUAUGCAGAUAGUCCCAUAAGCGUUAAUCGGACGGGUAGAUUUUCAUUCUCAGGCCUUUUUUCACUCAGGCUCAGGUUCACAUUCGUUGUUUUUGCAGGUACAAUCCAGUGCAGCUUGGGCGAUUUGUCCCUGCAUUGAAAAUGCAAAGGUAAGUCGGGAUUGUGUUACUUAUCAAGUUAGUGGAAACAAGCCGGUCUCCUUCACAGUCCUUCAAAGACGGAUCUAGAAAAUUUAGAAAGAGGGGACGGGAGACAAGCAAAGAACUCUGAGAGCAAUACGCUCUUCUCACGUAUGGUAAUAUGCCCGUCUAACCUCGUUUUUGAGUAAAAAAUCCUUUGAAAUGCUAAUCAGACGACGUUUUCGUAUUUGAAUUUCAAAAGAAUUUUUACCCGUAAACGAGGUUAGACGGGCAUAUUACCAUAUGUGAGAAGAGCGUAUUGAGUCUGUAAAAGACUUAGUUUAAUGAGAAUUCUUUCCCUUAUCACAUCCCCCUCCCCCAGCGUCUUUUUGAAGGUGUCGACCACUUUCUUCCUCCCCUCCCCUCCCACCCCAUUUCCCUUCCAUUCUCUGCACCCGUGUAACCGUCAGAAAAUGUAGAUGUUAAUUUCAAACUGACAAAACAAAUACGUACAAAUUUUUGUGAUACGGUUGAGUUUCCAGUGUUUAUUAACUUUUUCUUGAUAUUUUUAGGACGCCGGAGAGAUGGUGCGAUCGUUUGUUGGUGGUCUGGAACUGAUUGUUAGCCUGCUAAAGUCUAGCGACAGAGAGGUAUUUACAUUUAACUGUAGACUGUUUGAAUUUGCUCAUUGUAUUUCUGUGAAUGAUUUGUUGAUACAAAGAAAUGGAUCAUUUGAUAUGAGCACCAGACAUAUGAGCGAUGCAAGUCAAACGGCAGUGAACCACUUACAUUCUUGGGCAAUUCUUUUGCCCAAAUUUUUGGAUAGAUCGUCUCUACUAUUAGUCAAAGAUGUGCUCGCCUUUCCUCGAUGGGGGGCACAUACUGAAACACUAGAAAUAUGGUUAAGAACAAAUUUGUUAGCUAGCUGGCAUUCUAAUCUCAAUUUUCUUUCGACAUUUUAGGUUUUGGCGAGUGUCUGUGCUGCCAUUGCAAACAUCGCGAAAGAUGAAGAAAAUUUAGCGGUGAUUACAGAUCAUGGAGUGGUACCUAUGCUGGCCAAGCUUGCAACAACGGUAAAGGGCAAAAAAAUUGCUUUAUAUCCAUAUUUUACGUCGAUAACUCGUGACAGCAAUAACUGAUUAACCUGAGGUCGACGGUGCGCUUAUUUCACCCCCCUCUCUCCAUCAAUGCUCCGUGUUAACAACAAAAAGAUCUCACCGGGGAUCGAACUCGGGAUCUCGUGCACCGAAGACCGCGCACUAACCAACUUGAAAUACAGGUGUGUAUAAAUGAAAGUAAACGCCGGGAACCCGACAAGCCAAUCUGAUCUCGAAGCCACCAAGCGCGGAAAAAGAGUAACAGUGAGUCACUGUUGCUCAUUACUGCUGAUUGGUUGAGAGGGUGGCCCGAGUGUCAUGAGCCAAUCACAGAGCGUAGCGAUGCAAAACUAAAAUACUAAUCUGCUCUACACUGCCAACCACUGCUCGAGGGUAUAAUGGUGUUAAGGUUCGUUCAGUAUACGGAAAUAGUUUAUACCUCUUUAACAGGUUAGGAUUGCUUUUUAUUGUUUGCUUUUAAUAACAUGCUUCUUAAACUUUUGUAUUUCAGACUGAUGACCGCUUACGGCAAUAUCUAGCCGAGUCAAUUGCCAGGUAAGUGACUGGAUCAGUUUCCUUGUUGUCAUGUCUAACAAAUCUUCGUAUUAAUCAGUCUGUUUUCUGUGUCUGCGCAGGUGCUGUACGUGGGGUAACAAUCGAGUUGCGUUUGGACAGGCUGGCGCUGUACCGCCAUUGGUUAACUACCUUAAAUCAAAGAACCCGGAUGUACACAGAGCUACCGCGCGUGCGCUUCACCAGCUGUCACGUGAUCCUGACAACUGCAUUUCCAUGCACAACAGUGGUGUUGUUAAGGUAAAUAGAAGUCGCCUGAGGUCAUGUAGAGUUUGAAAUAGUGUGACAAUGAAGCGGAUGUUACCUGUUAAAGCUUAUUCGCCUAUUCCAGGCGAAUAGUGGAGCCGUCUUAGUUAGCGUUAGUAGCACUGUGAAGUUGCCAUUACUUAAUAGUUGUUUGUGUUUCCUUCACAGUAUCUUCUUGAAAUGGUUGGUUCCACUGACGAAGUCCUCCAGGAGGCUGCUGCUGGUUGCCUUGGCAACAUCAGGAGGCUGGCAUUAGCCAAUGAGAAGGCCCGCUAUCACUGAUUGACAUUUCCAAUAUUGACUAGAACAUGUACUGGCAUGUACUUCAAUCCAGAUCUUGGUAGAGGAACAUUUUUUAUAUAUAAAAAACCCAACAGUAAAAAAGUGUAUGUUUUUUUUUUAUUUAUUCUGUCACAAGUCACUCUGUUUACCUGUAAAUAGUUCAUGGUUGCUAUCUGCG